AUGGUACUUGGAUACUCAUUCCUGUUGGCCCUUUUUAUUGCUUUCUCUUUGACCUCCGCCCAGAGUGUUGAUGGCUCAAAAUAUAACAACCCAACCGCUGGCCCUCCUUCCAGCUAUUUUGCCGCUGCCACGUCCAUCCCCGUCGCUUCGUUGAAAAGUGCUUCUGCUAAAGCUAGUACUGCUGCGAAGGAUGCAACGUAUCCUAUCAACAGUAACAGUGGUGCUGCUAAAGUUUUGAUCCACAGUGAUUGGACCAAGUUUACAGAGGGCGCUGCCUUUGUUUGGAUCGCUGAUAUGGAUGUUGAUUGCGAUGGGAUCGACUACAAGUGCAAGGUAGAUACGCCUCAUGGCAGACCUCUUCGAGCAAAACUGAUCAUUCCGCGCAGGGAAACCAAGAUGGGCAGUCGGAGACCAACUUUGGUGCUCUUGCCGCUUAUGAAGUACCGUGGAUCGUGGUACCCGACAAAUUCGGGACUACCUACCGCACUGCCCUUCCCGGAAACAACAUCGGUGCAGUUAUUUGGUGAGAAUUCGAUUCCAGGAAACAGACAAGCCCAAAUAUUAACCGAAUAUAGUAAUGGGAAAAUGUUCUACGGUAUUUACGGCGACUCCGACGGUGAUGAUCCUCAGGUUAUCGGGGAGGCCUCCUGGCUUAUGGCUCGGACCUGUUUCCCCAAAGAAAAUCUAAAUGGAAAUUCCGGCCAUGAUAACGUUGAUGUGACCUACAUUCUAUUCACCGGUAAAGAUGCCGUACUUCCGACUAGCGCUCUCAACAAAAACUUCAUCACCAACUUCACCACUCUACGCUCUAUGGGGGACAGGUAUAUGGGCGCGCUUGUGAAGAAUUUAGGCUUGUCGGGUGGGUCUGGGGCUCCAAUUACCAGUGGCGGUUCUCGCACAAAAUGUAUGCACCUGGCCCAGGCACUGCGCAGGUGCCUCAUACUCUACUAA